GGGUGGUAGCUUCCGGGCGAUGGCAAAGUCCAACUACAAGGCAUGCUCUGGCCAGAGCGCGUUUCCCGAAAGGGAAAAUCCAAGCCGAUUCUUGGUCACAAAUGCUUUCAGAAUGUGAAGUGCUCACGGUAUAAUAACGUGAAGGGCCCCGCCGCAGAACCCCUGACAGCUUGCAGUGCGCAGGAAAGCGCAAAGCUUGUCGGGAAGGCGGGCCUAGCUAGGUGCAAGCUGGCCGGACGUGCUACAGCGUCGGCGCAGAGCUCUUCGGGAAAUGUGGUCUCUCGGCGAGGCCCGGGCGGUGGCCGUGAGCCCUGCAACCUGGGGAGCUCAUCCGGCCUGAACCGGGGAUGGCUGCGCCCGGAGGCUCGGGGGGCCCGAUCGGAGCCGGGGCCCUGGUCGGAGGGGUGCGCUCCAAAGUGGCUCCGAGCGUGGACUUUGACCACAGCUGCUCAGAUAGUGUCGAGUACCUGACGCUCAACUUUGGACCCUUCGAAACAGUGCAUCGCUGGCGACGCCUCCCACCCUGCGACGAAUUCGUGGGCGCCCGGCGUAGCAAGCACACAGUCGUGGCUUAUAAGGAUGCCAUCUAUGUGUUUGGCGGAGACAACGGAAAGACGAUGCUCAACGAUCUCCUGCGGUUCGAUGUGAAGGACUGCUCCUGGUGCAGAGCCUUUACCACUGGCACCCCACCAGCUCCCCGUUACCACCACUCAGCUGUCGUCUAUGGGAGCAGCAUGUUCGUCUUUGGGGGCUAUACUGGAGAUAUUUAUUCCAAUUCUAACUUGAAAAAUAAAAAUGACCUCUUUGAAUAUAAGUUUGCAACUGGCCAAUGGACAGAGUGGAAAAUUGAAGGGAGGUUGCCGGUUGCCAGGUCAGCCCAUGGGGCCACAGUGUACAGUGACAAGCUCUGGAUCUUUGCUGGCUAUGAUGGCAAUGCCAGGUUGAACGACAUGUGGACAAUUGGCCUCCAAGACCGAGAGCUCACAUGCUGGGAGGAGGUGGCCCAGAGUGGGGAGAUCCCCCCGUCCUGCUGCAACUUCCCUGUGGCUGUGUGCCGGGAUAAGAUGUUCGUGUUCUCAGGGCAGAGUGGAGCCAAGAUAACCAACAACCUCUUCCAGUUCGAAUUCAAGGACAAGACGUGGACACGCAUCCCUACUGAGCACCUGCUCCGGGGCUCCCCACCCCCGCCACAGCGGCGCUAUGGACACACCAUGGUGGCCUUUGACCGCCAUCUCUAUGUGUUUGGGGGUGCAGCGGACAAUACACUGCCCAAUGAGCUGCACUGCUAUGAUGUGGACUUCCAGACCUGGGAGGUUGUCCAGCCCAGCUCUGACAGCGAGGUUGGUGGGGCCGAGGUGCCUGAGCGAGCUUCCUCUUCUGAGGAGGCAUCAAUCCUAACCUCAGAGGAGCGGAGCAGCUUUAAAAAGUCCAGAGAUGUGUUUGGCUUAGACUUUGGCACCACUUCCUCCAAGCAGCCUGUGCACCUGGCAUCAGAGCUGCCCAGCGGGAGGCUCUUCCAUGCAGCCGCUGUCAUCUCUGAUGCCAUGUACAUCUUUGGGGGCACGGUGGACAACAACAUUCGCAGUGGGGAAAUGUACAGGUUCCAGUUCUCUUGCUACCCUAAGUGCACACUGCAUGAAGACUAUGGGCGCCUUUGGGAGGGCCGCCAGUUCUGUGAUGUGGAGUUUGUGCUUGGUGAGAAGGAAGAGUGCGUGCAGGGCCAUGUUGCCAUCGUCACUGCACGGAGCCGCUGGCUUCGUAGGAAGAUCUUGCAGGCUCGAGAGUGGCUGGCCCAGCUGGAGGAGGAUGGGGCUCUAGCUCCCAGGGAAGCCCCUGGUUCAGCUGUGGGCAGGGCACGGCCGCCCCUGUUACGUGUGGCCAUUCGUGAGGCCGAGGCCCGGCCAUUCGAGGUGCUCAUGCAGUUUCUCUACACAGACAAGAUCAAGUACCCACGGAAAGGCCAUGUAGAGGACGUGCUGCUCAUCAUGGAUGUCUACAAGUUGGCGCUCAGCUUCCAGCUGUGUCGCCUUGAGCAGCUGUGCCGGCAGUACAUCGAGGCCUCUGUGGAUCUGCAAAACGUGCUGGUUGUGUGUGAGAGCGCAGCCAGGCUCCAGCUGGGCCAGCUCAAGGAGCACUGCCUGAACUUCAUAGUGAAGGAAUCCCACUUCAAUCAGGUGAUCAUGAUGAAGGAGUUCGAGCGCCUCUCGUCCCCACUGAUUGUAGAGAUUGUGAGGCGGAAGCAGCAGCCACCCCCUCGAGCCCCCUCGGAUCAACCUGUGGACAUUGGCACAUCUUUGAUCCAGGACAUGAAGGCAUACUUGGAGGGGGCAGGCUCAGAGUUCUGUGACAUCACACUACUGCUAGAUGGCCACCCACGACCAGCCCACAAAGCCAUCCUAGCUGCCCGGUCCAGCUACUUUGAGGCCAUGUUCCGUUCAUUCAUGCCGGAGGAUGGGCAGGUGAACAUCUCUAUCGGGGAGAUGGUGCCUAGCAGACAGGCCUUUGAGUCCAUGCUACGUUACAUCUACUAUGGCGAGGUCAACAUGCCCCCUGAGGACUCACUCUACCUGUUUGCAGCCCCCUACUACUAUGGCUUCUACAACAACAGACUGCAGGCGUACUGCAAGCAGAACCUGGAGAUGAACGUAACAGUGCAGAAUGUGCUACAGAUUCUGGAGGCGGCUGACAAGACGCAGGCAUUGGACAUGAAGCGGCACUGCUUGCACAUCAUUGUGCACCAGUUCACCAAGGUCUCUAAGCUUCCCACUCUGCGGUUGUUGAGCCAGCAGCUGCUGCUGGACAUCAUUGACUCCCUGGCCUCCCACAUCUCUGACAAGCAGUGUGCAGAGCUGGGUGCUGACAUCUGAGGAUCUUUGAGAGGAUUCUACCUGUUUGGAGAGUGAUGACCCUCAACCGAUUGGCCACAUCUCCACCUACAGAGUGAUUCCACCUGUGGUUCCCAGCUUGUACAAGGCACCAAGGUGUACUGAAUUCCUAGAGGGCAUGCUUCAUUUUGGACACAGGCCCCACAGGGAAUGGCAAAUGAAGCAGACACCCUUUCCAGCUGGCACCUCUCCCAAGAUGACCAGACUCAGGGAUACCACUCAGUGGUAGAAAGAUGACAGAAGUGUGGCUUUGUGUUCCCCAUGGGUGUGCUGUGGAUCCAGGCAUGGAGUCCUAUUGUCAGGGUGAGGGCUUGGCAAGUUACUCUAGCAACAGGCUAUAUUCCACUCCUUACCCACAACUUGAGAAUGGGGACCAGUGACAGUGGUCUGAUCCUAGAUAUGAACUUUGGAAGGUUUUCCUCCCAGUCCACAGGGCAGCAAGUGUAGCUCAGCCUCCCAGAGGCUGCAUAUUCCAGCUCACCCAGAGUGCAUAUCUGGGCCAGAGAAGUCAGCAGAUGCUCCUGUGUGUCUUCUGUCACUGACAUGCCUCCUUUAAAGCUGGGGCAAUGCUACAUACACACUUGGCUGGCAUGGUGGCUACCUUUGGUCUGCCUCCUAAAGCACAGGACAGUUCUGUAGCUUAGCUUAGGAGAUUCCCCAGAUGUGGGUUUAGCACAUCUUGCCUGUUCUACCUAUGUCAACAUGGUGUCAGUCAUAAGGAAGAGAAAACUGCAUAUUGAGGUAUCUCCUCAGAGACCUAGACUGUCUGGGGGCAUCCAUCCAUGCUGCCUGACAUCAAGACAUGAAAGCCUACAUCCCAAUACAGCCCAGUAGGAAGCCACAACUUACUUUGGAGAAAUGCUUGGGUCUUCCUGGCCUUAGAACACAGAACAAAGUUCCCUCCUAUGCUCCAUUAACCCCAUACUGUGGGGCUCCAGGAAGAAAAGUGCCCUGGGUGGCAGUCCCAUACAGCUAGGAAGUGGCCUGGUUAUAAGAUAAGGUACUAGGCACAAGCUGGGGCUGGUAGCUGAGCUCAAGCAGCAGUAGUGAAGGGGAGUGGAAGGUGCCAGCCCACAGUGGGUGGCCAGACAGGUUGGGUGAGUCUGUUGUGCUGUGUCAGAGCCACUCCCCCAAGGUGGUGAUCGGAUCCAAGCCUCUUUUGAGGGGAACACCUGACAACUUUGGUCUACAAAUCUUGCUUCAUGCUGACCCCUGUAAAUUAACUGGACCUUCAAUUGUCUCCUCUACAUAGGAUACAAAUAAACAUAUUCACCCAGGAA